AUGAAACCCCUCUUACUAACCUCCGAAUCCCCACACCCAUUCAACCACCCCCCUUUAACCUCACCCCCCAUUUCAGCCGCCCCCUGGGACCGCACCCCCUGCCCCCCUUCCUUCCUCCAGGUCCUUCCCCACCCACAAAGCGGGAGUGAGCGAGAGGAAGAGGAGGCGGCAGUUCUGCUCCUUCUCACGACGGUUAACCCCCAAACCCCCCUUCCACACCACCUCCCCCCGCACAGCCAUAGUCGCGGAAGGGAAGGCGACUGGGGAGGGGGGGAGGAUAGAGGGAUGGGCGGCAGGGCUGGCGGUUGGCGCUGGCGGCUGGCGCUGGCGGUGUCUCUGCUGGCGGUGUCGCUGCUGGCGGUGGCGCUGCUGGCGGUGUCGCUGCUGGCGGUGGCGCUGCUGGCGGGGUCUCUGCUGGCGGUGUCACUGGCGUUGUAG